CUUGUUCUAACCAAGGUUUGAAACACGGGUCACGACUCACGUCACGCCUUCUAGGGCUUGCUUUCAUGUUUUCAGCUAGCAUUCUAUUGCAAAUUCUGGACUGUGCAAUUUACAGCAACUGGUGGCAAAUACAUUGUGCCUUCUACUUGGUCACCCUCUAUUUAAACGUCAAUAGCAAUUCAGAAUGCGGAGAACCAUUAUCAUUCAUAUCAAUCACUGGAACUUGUCAUGCACUUAUGUCGUCAGUAUUCAGAGCCUAUGCAAUUUGUGUUGGUUGCAGUUUGGUGGUGAUGAAUGAAUGUUUGUGUACAAGGAAUGGGAUUGAUUUAGCAGUUGAGCUCAAUCUGAGUAUGAGCAUGUGGCUUGAAUUGGAUGAAGUUGCAAGUGGAGCUCAGCUAGGAAGUUAUGCACUGCAUGGCCUUGAUUCAACUCGGCGUUUCAAAUCGGCGAUUCAAGUGGAUUCAUCUCUACUCGGUCAUAGGAAGGGCUUUUUAGACUUUUUGACGCUGCCACAUAAGCGUGUCUGUAAACUGUUGUUUACCGGGGGCACUUUUUUAGUGUAACGUGAAAAGUAGGGGUGCUUUAUCGAAAAGCCCAAAAAAAAAACUAUCAUAAAAAUAAUUAUGGUCAGUCACUCUUCUGCCCUUUAGGCCAAGCACUAUGGUGCAGAGCAUCCCUUCCCUAUCCCUCGGAUAAAGAGAAGGGAUAUCACAAGGAAAUCUCAUUAUGGUGCCUUUUCUUCCCUUCCCUACACGAUACGGAAACUCGGUAGCCGUAU